AUGGAUAUCUCCAUGAAAACCAUCAACCCUUCAAAACCCUUUUACGCAGAAACACAACAAACCAGAAAAUCCUUUCAAGAUCAACCCAGGAAGCCCUUACAAAGGAUUUGCAAGUUCUGGGUAAAGGGUAAAUGUGCUUAUAAGAAUAAUUGUAAGUUUCUUCAUUCUUGGUUCCAAUCUGGUAAUGGAUUUUCGAUGCUGGCAAGGCUUGAAGGGCACAAGAAAUCUGUGGUCGGUGUGGCCCUUCCUUCAGGGUCUGACAAGCUCUAUACAGGCAGUAGAGAUGGAACUGUGAGGGUUUGGGAUGGCAACUCUGGAAAGUGUGAUCACGUCAUCAAUCUUGGUUUUGAAAUUGGGUCUUUAAUCUGUGAAGGCUCGUGGGUAUUCAUUGGAUUGCCAAAUUUAGUCCGGGUCUGGAAUUUAAGCUCAGAGGGUAACAAAGAGUUCUGUUUGGAUGGUCCAAUUGGUCAAGUCUAUGCCUUGGCAGUGUACAAGGAUUUGCUUUUUGCAGGGACUGCUAAUGGUGAUAUUUUGGUGUGGAGAGGGAGCUUUGAAGGUAACCCCUUUGCAAAGGUGGCAACUUUGAGAGGGCACCAAAAAGCAGUUGUAUGUUUAAAUAUUGGUUCUGGUGUUAAUUCUUUGUAUUCAGGCUCCAUGGACAAUACAGUUACGGUUUGGGAUUUGGAGACUCUUCAGUGCAAGCAAACCCUAAAUGGUCACAAGGAUGUGGUGAUGUCACUUCUGAGUUGGGAUCAGUGCUUAUUGACAUGCUCUUUAGACCAUACAAUGAAGUUCUGGGUCGCCAGGGAAGGAGGAAAAUUGGAACCAGUGGAUACGCAUGAAGAGAAGUCUGGGAUUCUGAAAGUUUUGGGAAUGCAGGAUGCAAAAGGGAAGCCCAUUGUGCUGUGUUCCUGCAAUGACAAUUGUGUUCGUCUGUAUGAGUUGGAUUCAUUCACUGAAAUGGAUAGGAUCUUUGCAGAAAAGGAGGUUAGAGAAAUUCAGAGGGGUCCCAAUGGCCUGUUUUUCACAGGUGAUGCAGCUGGAGUCGUUACUGUUUGGAUGUGGCAGCAGAAUAAGUAA